UCACUCAUUUCCUAGCCCCAAAAAUCUCACAUAUACAAUCACUCAACAUUUCUGUAAGCUGGAAAAAAAUGUCGGACUAUCUUCCGAAGGAUGUUCUUGUAGAAAUUCUAUCAAAACUACCUGUAAAAUCUCUAAUUCACUGCACAACCGUAUGCAAAUCAUGGUAUUCGACAAUCACAAACCCUAAUUUCAUUUCCGUACAUCACAACACCCAAAUAAUCAGCAACAGCAAUCGCCAACCUUUAUUAUUCGUUCGGCACUACAACAUGUUUGACAGAGUCGAACGUUACGCGUUACACUUCGACGAUGAAGAUGAAAAUGAUUCCUCGGAUGUUGAUUCGUUCGCUGAAUAUCUCGAGCUGAAAUGUCCAGAAAAGAGUCGUAGUGAGUAUUUAAGAAUCGUCGGUUGCUGUAAUGGUCUUAUUUGCCUUUCUGAUGAUUAUGAUAAAUAUACGGAUACAGUGGUUUUAUGGAACCCUAUAAUUCGGAAACAUUUGAAGUUGCCCAGGCCUAAUUUAGGGUAUAAUGGACGUGGGUCUUGUAUUUAUGGGUUUGGAUUUGAUGUUGCGAAGAAUGACUAUAAAGUUGUUAGAGCUGUUUAUAAUAGUACUGCUACUGAGGAUUAUAGGUUGCAGUUUCCACCAACUAUUGAGUUUCUUGAUAAAUUGAGGGCAGUUAAAUUCUUGGUUCCACCUGGAAUUGAGGUUUAUUCUUUGAAUAGUGGGGUUUGGAAGAGCAUUUCUGAUGUGUGUCCUUCGUAUAUUUUGCAUCAGAAUCAUUCUGUUUCGGCUUAUCUUAAUGGCGCUGUUCAUUGGAUUGCAUCGAAUUCGAGUGAUGAUGAUGGUGGUGGUGGUGGUGGUAAUGGUGAUAGUAGCAAUAGCAAUAACAAUAACAGUAGUAGUAGUAGUAGCAGCAGCAGCAGCGGUGGUGGUAAAAAUAAAGAUGAUAGCUUUAUUGUAGCAUUUAAUGUUGGAACUGAAAAUUUUAGUGAAAUACGUUUGCCAGAUAGUGUUGCUGAGAGAAAUGUAAUGAAAUUGGAUGUGAUGGUUAUGGGCACGUCACUCACGCUAGUUGAGUAUGAAAAGUUUUGGCAGAGUGAUUAUUGCUGGAUAUGGGUGAUGAAAGAAUAUGGCAUGGUGAAGUCUCGGAGUAGACUUCAUAAUAUUGAUUUGAGAGGAGGUUUCAGGAAUGUUGUAGGAUUUAGGACUCACGGCGAGUUAUUGAUUUCUGCCAGAAUGGUAGGAAUGGUUUCAUACAACCCCAAGAAGAGAAGCAUAAGCUAUCUUGGAGUCCAUGGCACCAAUCGCUCAUUUCACGGUGAGCCUUUCUUCGAGAGCCUAGCUUUAGUCGGGAAAGAAGAUAGAUUCGUAGAGCAGGCAAAUUCGACUACUGCUGUCGUUCAAGAAGUUGGUUCUGUACUGGAUAGCGGUGAAGAUGUUACGGAGGAACAUACGUGAUAGUUGAUCCAGAUCUACUUUGUAUACGGAGAAGGUCGCAUACUGGGGGAGCCUUUAAAAAGCUUGUAAGUCAAUGGUUCAUAUAGUAAAUUGACUAAAUUCUACUUUUUGGUGACUUCACAUCAAAAGGAUUUCAUGGCGGUUCUCAUGUGGCUUCAAACAAUUGUAGCUGGUCACAUAAAGGACACUUCAGUUUUUAAAUCUAAGGAGGCAUGUUAGUGAUCCAAAAAACUCCCGAGGUUCCUCCUGCUGCAACUUCACCCAUCUACCUUUUCUGCCCCACUUCUCUAAGCAUCAUAUGCCAUGACCCCCUCUUCCCUGAAACUCCAUUGCGGAACCUUUCUUCCUGAUCCCCUCCAAGUACUGCUGUGUCCAAUCCCUCCAUUGUGUGUUAGGGUAAACUGAGCUGAAGAAACUGGUGGGAAGUUAGGGGAGAUGUCGAGGGAAGCAGUAUCGGCUGGAUUACAUGUCGUUCGGAAAUUGGAGGAGUCCUGCGCAAAGAAGUGUACUGCUGCGUCCAAACCUCCAUUGGGCGUUUGGGUAGACUGAGCUGAAGAAACUGGUGAGAAGUUAGGGGAGAUGUCGAAGGAAGCAGUGUUGGGAGGAUUACACGUCGUUCAGAAAUUGGAGUAAGUGGGCAAAGAACUACUAUCUCAGUUGAGAUCUUCUAUAAGUCUCUGGACUUCAUAAGAUGUAAGGAAAUUCAAGACAAGUUGGGCAACUGCCUAAUCAGUAUCUUGACGAGCCAAUGAUAUCCUUCUCCGCUUGGAGUUCUUGUUCAUGUGUUAUUAUGUCUAUGCUUGUUCUCCUUGAUAAUGGUCAUCCUGUCUCCUGACAUUGACAUAAAUCUUUCUCUCUGUCUCUCUAUCAUGUGUUGGCCACUCAAGGAUGUAAACAUUUUGUCUCAUUUAGGCUACUGUUCUCAGGAAUACUAGAUUGUAGCAACACAACAGUUGGAUGAAGAUUUUAUCGGAGAGGUUUACUGGUUCACGCCUUGGAUUGUCAAGCGUCCUCAUGUGAUGCUAGCUUCUGGCAUCGCCACCUGAUCCAAUGUUUCUAUUUUCUUUUUAUGACUAGUGAAAUGUAUUUGCAUACUUGCUCAGUGUAUAUAUCUAGGAAAUUUAAGGGUUUUCUAAUAUAUUUCUUGCAAUGAUGGGUCAUGUAGGUCUUUUUGUUAUUUAUACGAAACAAAAGAAUUCUCGGGCUACA